UUCAUAUCCAUUCCUGUUUUUUGGGACCACCUGAGUCACUAAGAGCAAGGACUGUGAAGACUAGAGAGGGAUUUCAACUUCCGGUUUGAUACCGGAAGUGACGAAGAGCAUGAGCUUCCACAGGCCAGGCCUUGGAAGCGAGGCAGACUUUCUGACAUGCUAUCUGCUGAUGAAUUUUUGAGAUCACCACCAAGGAAAACGGUCAGAUUCGGUGGGACAUUGGAAGAAAUCUUGCUCAGAUAUCAAAAGGGAGAUACAACUGAUUUUGCUUUGCUGCAACAUCAGCUGUUGGAUCCUGACAUAAAAGAUGACCAGAUUAUUAAUUGGCUGCAUGAAUUCCGGUCUUCUGUAACACUUUUGACCAAGGAUUUUGAACAGUUGGUCCGCAUCUUGUUGAAGGUGCCAUGGCUAAGAAGAAGCCAAACUGUGGUGGAAGAAUACUUGGCUUUCCUGGGUAACUUAGUGUCUGCACAGACAAUCUACUUGAGGCCAUGUCUUGCAAUGAUUGUUUUGCACUUCAUACCACCUCGAAUAACCAUACGAGAAAAUAAUGUGGACAUCUCUGAUUCAGAUGAUGAUGAAAAUGUACCUGAGGGUUUCAACACCUGUCACAGAGCAUUGCAAACGAUAGUAAAAUACGUCCCUUUGACACCACAGUUUCUCAUGCCAGUGCUUGCUGAAAAAUUUCCAUUUAUUAACAAAUCUGAAAGCACUCUGCAGUUUUAUGUGCACAACGUACUACGAAUUACUGGAUACAUCCCAGUGCUGAGAUGUGACAUUUUGGAACUUGUUAUUGAAAGGCUAUUGAAGAUGGAUGUGAGUGCCCCAAGAAAAGAUAUUGAAGCUGCUGAAGAAGUUGAGAGUGUGGAGAAUGCAGAGAAAGGACUCUUUAACUUGGAUGAAGAUGAAGAAAACCCAGAUAAGAAUGAAACAAUGGCACAUCCAGUUGCAGAACGCCUGGACAUUCUGAUGAUUGUAUUGUUUUCAUAUGUUAAAGAAAUCUGCCAUGUUGAUGGGAAGCUUGAUGUUGGCAACACCAAGCAGUUGUAUCGGGAUCUGGUGGCUAUAUUUGAUAAGCUGAUUUUACCAACCCAUGGCUCAUGUCAUGUGCAGUAUAUCAUGUUCUACCUCUCCAGCUUUAAACUGGGAAUUGCAGAAGCCUUUGUGGAACAUCUUUGGAAAAAGCUUCAGGAUCCAAAUACUCCUGCGGUCAUUAGGCAGGCAGCUGCAAACUACAUUGGUAGCUUUUUGGCACGGGCAAAGUUUAUCCCAGUUGUUACAGUGAAAGCUUGCCUGGACUUGUUGGUAAACUGGUUGCACCUGUACAUUGAUAACCAGGGCUCAGGAUUGAAAGCGUUUUGUGACAUUGCUCUUCAUAGUUCCUUCUAUGCUGCUUGCCAAGCUGUGUUCUAUGUGGUCAUCUUUCGACACAAGCAAAUCUUGGAUGGAAACCUAAAGAAAGGUUUGUCAUUCCUGCAGAAGUUAAACUUUGAACGUAUUGUUAUGUCCCAGUUAAACCCCCUGAAGGUUUGUCUGCCAUCCAUUGUGAAUUUCUUUGCUGCCCUUACCAGAAAAUACCAGAUUGCAUUCUGUGACACCAUCAUUGAGAGGAACAGGAGGCAAGCUUUGCCAGUUAUAAGAAGCAGCUGUGGUGGUGACUCAAUAGAAGCAUCCACAAAUCCCCUUGACAGUUUUUUCCCUUUUGAUCCUUAUAUUCUCAAAAGAUCAAAAAAUAUAAUUAAUCCCUUGUAUCAAUUUUGGGAAGAGCAGAGUACAGAAGAACUUGAAAAGACUACAGAUGCCAUUAAUGAGAGCAAAGGUGAAGACGACGACGACUUCUUGAAUGGUGAAACUCCCCAGAACGAUGGCAUGAUUGGUAUGAUGCCAGGCUCCUUCGACUCCUCUCUUCAGAAUACAGAAAUAUGUGUAGGAUCGCCACCAGUAGCAUCAAUGCUGCUCUGACCUCCCAAAAUCAGAUGGACAAAAACUUUGGGCAGUCGUCAUUUCUAUAAAGAGAACAUUUUGGAUUAUGUGUAGACUGCUGAUUCUUCAUCUAUUUUGACAGUAAAAUUGUAAAAAAAAGGUGUUUGUAUAAUUUGAAAGAGUUGUAUCUUACCCUUGUGUCUUACCCUUACAAUUGUUUCUGUAUGUUGAUCCAGAAUGGCUAACUUAAUGUACUUCAUAUGUAAAGACAGACCCAGAAGACUUUGCAGCUAGUUCUGCUUGGCUACCUCUCUGCUUUAAAGAAAAUGAAUUUCAAAACACUUGCUGUUCAGAUAGAAGAGUUCUGCUUUUAUUUAUUUAAAAGAAAUAAACUGAGCUUAAAUGCCUUGGGGA